CAUUUUCUUUGUAAAAGAGACGCCAUUUUGAAAGCGUCACUUGGCGGUGUGUCGAAUUGUUGGUUUAUAACAAAACUUACUGUAGUGGCAAACGUUAAACUAAUUUGUUUGUGUAGAUUAUGUCUUAUCAGUCUAGUGUAGCGCAGGAUAGCCUUUCUGCAGCAGCAUUAGAGAUGGCCGGUAACCCCAAUGCCCUGGCUUUGCGUCGGCCAUUCGACCCGGUAGCGCACGAUUUGGAAGCUAGUUUUCGUCUGACCCGCUUCGCCGAUUUAAAAGGUCGCAGUUGCAAAGUACCCCAAGAUGUUCUCUCUAAGCUCGUCGAGUCGCUGCAGCAAGACUACUCUCAACAGGACGAUCAGUUCAUGCAUGUGGCGAUCCCGCGCAUCGGCAUCGGCUUGGACUGCUCGGUCACGCCGCUCAGACACGGCGGACUCUGCUUGGUCCAGACGACCGACUUCUUCUACCCUCUAGUCGACGACCCCUACAUGAUGGGUAAGAUAGCCUGUGCCAACGUACUCAGCGACUUGUACGCGAUGGGAGUGACCGAGUGCGACAAUAUGCUCAUGUUGUUGGGUGUCUCCACAAAGAUGACCGAGAAGGAGCGGGACGUAGUAAUUCCCCUUAUCAUGCGGGGAUUCAAAGACUCCGCUCUGGAGGCCGGCACGUCCGUGACUGGAGGUCAAACGGUUAUCAACCCCUGGUGUGCCAUCGGCGGAGUAGGGACUACUAUCUGUCAACCGAACGAAUACAUCGUGCCGGAUAACGCUGUAAUGGGAGACGUGUUGGUUCUCACCAAGCCCCUAGGUACCCAAGUAGCAGUGAAUGCCCACCAGUGGUUGGACCAGCCCGAACGCUGGAACAGGAUUAAGCUAGUAGUUUCCGAGGAGGAUGUGAGGAAAGCUUAUCACCGUGCGAUGGACUCUAUGAGCCGACUCAAUCGUAUUGCUGCUAGACUUAUGCACAAAUACAACGCUCACGGCUCGACUGAUGUGACUGGUUUCGGUCUUCUUGGACACGCACAGAAUCUUGCGUCUCACCAAAAGAAUGAAGUUUCAUUUGUCAUCCACAACUUGCCAGUUAUCGCUAAAAUGGCUGCCGUAGCCAAGGCUUGCGGCAAUAUGUUCCAGCUUCUACAGGGACAUGCUCCAGAAACUUCCGGCGGUCUCCUCAUUUGCCUGCCAAGAGAGCAGGCUGCCGCUUAUUGCAAAGACAUCGAGAAGCAGGAGGGAUACCAGGCCUGGAUCAUUGGUAUCGUGGAGAAGGGCAACCGCACCGCUAGGAUCAUAGACAAACCCCGAGUUAUCGAAGUGCCGGCUAAAGAUUAAGCAUAAAAUAUUGAGACAUUUCCAAUGCAAGGUAUAAAUAUUUGAGAAUAUAAAGUCUACAUUCAAUAAUAUGUCUUUGGACAUUUUUUAUUUUAACUUUUAUAAUAUAAGUGACAAUGGGGAGUGGAUGUAUGGAAUAUCUUAAAUGAUUGUGUUUUAAUAGUUAGUAAGAAAAACUACUAAAUUGUAAGAUAUUCACUUCCAGAAUAAUUUCUAUCUAAUUGCAGCUUGGGAAAGCUCUGCAUAAUUUAACACUAACAUUCAAGUGUUGGUUAAAGUUUAAACAAAAACAAUAUAAUUAUGUAAUAAUUGUAACUGUAUUUUUUUCCUCUAAAUGUAUGACAUAAAACCUGCUAAUACUUGAAUGUUUAUAGUUAAUUAUUAGAAUAAAGUUAUUUUCAGUGU